CUUUUCUGUAGCAUAAGAUUCUAUCGAGUGCAUCUGAAGAACAAAAACUUUGCUGAUCAUGUACUCGAAAGGAUUUUUUCUACUUUCACAACAACUUUCACGUUUGAAUUUUCAUGAAAGUAGUUUACCGCUUUGGUUCUAACUUUAUACGUUGUAUUGUAGGUCGAUAAUUUGAAUAUCUCGUUUUUAUACCAAAAAAAAAUAUGCCAUGACAAAUUGACAUCCAUUUCAAAUAUGGCUGUUAAAAAAACAAAUUGCGAUCACUCUAGUAACGCUCUCGUUUUCUACCACACUGCCUCAUGCAGAUCUACCGUUGAUUGAGGAUUUGUAACUGAAAGACCUACGAGCCAGAGAAUCACAUUAAAUGAAAAAGUGAGCGAAUAAGACUAAAUUAUACGUUGUAUAAGCGAAUCGAAGAAAUGAAUCAACCAGUUAGCCGAAAUAACUACCAAUCUGCGUCAGCAACGGGUGAGUAGGUUACGUGUACGGACUCUUCCUUGAUAGUUACGUAUGAUGUUAAGGUAAUUCGAAUUCGAAUUCUCACCGUAGGGUAAGUAUCACGAUUUUGUCACAGAGAUGUGAUCUCUUUCGUGUGGAUAUGGACACGAUGAAAUGUCUCAGUUUUCGACCGCUCAUUUGAAAACUUCAACACGGGCUAUUUUACCGCCAAGUGACAACAUUGAACUUGUUACCAGUGUUUGAUUUCAGUGUAAUAACGCAACGAAAGAGAGGCAUGUGUGAACCGAUCAUGACAUGUCCAGUGUGUCUUCGAUGCAAUAGUCCACCGCGGAUUCGUCUACUAUCUACACAUCCGAACUUGGAUGAAGAGAGUGAGUGGGAUCGAGGACCGGGGACAGGGACGCAGACGGAGACAGCAAUCGGAGCUGUCGAGAUCGUACAACCUGGUGGGCCGCUGCGCCGGUCAGCCCCCGCGCUGCUCUCGUCACAUUACUACAGCAGUACAACCUGAUCGUUCCGCCGAGUAUCGAGUCUGCCGGAGGUGCGGAGGAGAAUGUUUCGGUUAGUUUUAAGUCGCAUGUUACCUAUGCUAACUCGUACUUAACAAUAAGACCCGAGAAAAUCUCCGAUUCGUUUUUGCUGUGCAACAGUGGAAUUUUCUACGUCAAGUACCACCUGUGUUCGUUCAACUCCCGCGGAUUCACUAGACAUCGGUAAACGCCGGGACCAUUGGGAAUGCUCUGACUGGUUGUAGGACGAUGUCGAUGAUGGUUCAAUGCCAGGUAGGCGCCGCUCCGAGCAUCGCGGUCACCAUGGAACUCGAUGGCGGCAUACGAAAUCCGGCGUGUCAGGAUGAUCUCGACGAAACUUGUUACUCGAAGGAACGCAGCUGCAGUCAGCCGAAUUAUCUACCCACCAAUAAAUCAACAGAAAUAUUGACGAUCCAGUGCGCCGAUAAUAGACUGGAGGGUGCGGGGGUCGGCAGCACCGUGGAUCCUUCGGGAGCGAGUGCGGGGUCCCAGGACGCCCGUGAAAAGAUCAUGAACGCAUGCCGAAGUCUGUGGCACUGGCGUUUCCUCGUCGACGGUACGAUUGGUCUAUCGGUGGUUGUUUUCCUUGGUGUGAUAGAACUCGGAAUUUUGCCUCAUCAACAGAUUGGCUUCUACUGCAAUGAUCCACGAUUAUCCUUCAAAUUCACUGGAGACACAAUAUCUAUGCCAAUUCUUUUGGGGGGAAGUGUUGUCUUGCCAUUGAUUGUGAUGUGGACAACUGAGUGGACAUAUCAUAAAUCUGACAGUUAUGGAAGCCUACAGCCAGGAUGUGCAGGAAGUAGAGGAAAACAAAUAUGGGCCUGGUAUGGUCAUUAUACCAUAGGUAUUGUUGCAGUCACAUGUUUCUGUGAUUUUGCCAAAAUUUUGAUUGGUGCUCCUAGACCUCACUUCUUCGACACCUGUAACCCAUAUGAGUUGGACAAUUGCACUGACACGUAUAUUGCCUCUUACACGUGCAGAAACACAGAGCAACCCUUUUGGUUUAUCAUGGAUGCCAGCAAAUCUUUUCCCUCAGGACAUUCGGCUCUGUCAGUGUUCACCUCUGUCUAUUUAAUUUGGUACAUCAAAAAUCGUCUUCCCCAGAGAACCACGUCCAUGCUACUCAAGCCCUGGUUGCAAUGUCUAAUUGUAUGUUGGGGAUUCGUUUGUUCGUUGACUAGAAUAAUGGACAACAGGCAUCACUGGUGGGAUGUACUUGCAGGAGUUAUAUUUGGUAUUUUCACCGCUAUUUACUGUGUAAAAGUAAACUGCAAUGGGUUUAUUGCGAAAAAUAUGGAUGUAGGAUGGGCACAUGGAGAGCCUGUUGAGAAUGGACAUCAUGGCUACGACAACAGACGACAUCAGAGUGUCAGAAAACUUUUGAGCAAUACUAGUGUAGAAAAUCGGGAAAUGGGUGAUAUUGUCACGAUGUGAAAAUGAUGACUUCAUAACUUCCGGUCUCUUGACCAUUAUGAAAUCAUUCUAAACAAUAUGAAGUUGUUAUUGUUGUUAAAUGUGUGGGAAUGGUUGAUUGUGUGUACGUAAUGAACUAUAGUGCAUGUAGUGUGAACGUUGUACGACGCGUACUCUAAAGAUUUCACGAGAAAACCACAAAGUGUCAUUUGGUUUGAUGUGGAACACAAGCAGUAUUCGAUUUUGUGUGCACGCGUGCGUGGGUCCUGUGUUGACGUUGGCUAUGAAAUGGUGCUUUUUCAUUGCUCCUCGUAAUUUCACUAAAGUUAUGAAUGAUAGACAACGAUCGUAAGGCGCUCGCGCGUUGUUAUGAAUCGUACUAUACAGGUAUAUUACUCUAUUCGUCGAAUGCAUCACACAGAUCUAGUGAAUUGUAAAUAUUCAUAAUUUUAAUACCGUGAAUGAUUAAUUUAUAUUAGGAUUAGGAUAAAAUUGUAUAUUUAUCAAUAGCCAUUUUGGUGGUUAGUAGAAUUUUUAAUGAUUAGGGCAGCUCCGUACUACGUGAAUUCAUACUUAUGAAAUUUUAAUAAUUUGAUCCAGAACUAAGGCCAUAUUUUAUUAUCGUCUGUCUCUAUUUUUACAACAUAUCUGUACAUAUAUACUUAGAUUAGUAUAAUAAAUAUAGCCACACGCUGAGAAGAUGUAUGUA